AUGUGCUGGCAGCCCUGCUCUCUUAUAUAUAUUGCUGUUCGUCCGUUUGCGUCUACAUCAGGCCUCCACCCGUUUGGAUACUGCGGCAACAUCUACAGAGCUCCAAGUUCCAGCCACAUACGCGCCCACUUACAUAAUUGCUUUUUACUUCCAGCUACAUCUCAUCGUCCUCUCUUGCUAUCCCAAUUUUCAUCUUGCUCGCAUCUCGCUUCAUCUUCCUUCACCCAGCAGUCCGCAAACGAUACGGACCCCGCCAUGGACAACCACGAUGGUGUCAUGCCAGUACCGUGGGGUCGGCUCAAAGCCUGGAUCGAGGCUCAAGAACAGGCAGAAAAGAGCGGCUUCAACCCCAAUCCGCCAACAAAGCUGCAGAUCGCGGCGCUCUCUCAGGUUGUCGACUUCUUGGACGGGCCGGAGCCGACUGCCGAGACUAUCGGCAAGCUCGACUAUGUGAGCGAGCUAAUGCAGUUCGCCCAGAUAAAACAGCUUGCUCCUCCAAGGUUUGAAGACUUGGCACCCAUAGAAGUUCCCUUGAAUGGCGUUCUCUCGCAACGAUGGAGAACAGUCUGCUACCUCCCCUUUGUUAAUAACAAGCAAUUUCCUUGUUUGGGCCACGGACUCUACGAAGGCAAACAACCUCCGCUGUGGAAGUCGAAAAAGCUAUCCAAACAGUACGCGGCCAAAUACGCAUAUCUGUAUAUUAAAGCUCAUGCUCGAGCUUCUACUUCCAGCAAUGGUGGUGUCCGUCUAGUAAGUAACAGCGAUGGCUAUAACAAUGCCAGUGUCGCUUCCAGUUCGUCUGCAAAAGCUCAGGCGCCCUCUGGCGGCGCCGCCCCUAUUACAUCGCCGUCCUCAAUGCUGCCAUCGCCAUCAUCAAGCGCCGGCGACCUCACGACUGUCGAAGACACAGACUUCUACGACAGUAAAAUACUUCCCUCUCUUCUGGACCAAGUCAAAAGAGAGACCGCAUAUUUGAAAAUCGGCUAUCCCAACUUUGAGAUUUGGGCUGACGAGGAGAACCCGGGAAUGUUUGCUGGGAGGCCAGUUUUUAAGAAUAUCGGCCGCAUACCGCCGGACAUGGGCCAUAUCAAAGGUAUUCUCACAAGGGCCCUGGCGAAGGAGCUCAUGGCUGAAGAGGUACUCAGUUAUUGUAAAACUGAGCGGAAGCGAAGGGAGGGUGUUUUCAAUACUUUCAAUGAUCCAAUGGGAGAGUAG